UACAGUAGGAGGCGAUUUCUGAAAAAAGCGGAUUCAGCUUUUACCUACAGGGAUUGUCUUCUCUGAGUCACAUCACGACUCAUUCAUUCACCAAGAAGUCUUUAAAAUAGGACCUCUGCUGACACGAUCACAUCACUAGUUUUCCAUGGAAAUCAUGCUAAAGAAACAUCUUCUGCUGAUCACCAUGCUGUUCUGGGGGAACAUUUUUACCGAUGGGUUACAGAAUAAUACAGAAGACAAACCAGAUGUAUCAAAAGAAACGACAACUCUAACAGUUAAAGACAACAAUGUCCAGUCUACUGACAAUUCUUUUACUAUCAAAGUUGCUUCUGGGUGCACAGGAGGAGGUGUUGCGUUCACUACCAUUGUUUCAGUUAUGUGGAGAAUACUGAAAAAGAGACGGAGCAAUAAAAACAAUUAUGGAGAUAAGAAUAAUGACAACGGGACACCUUGGGUAAACGAAAGGGUUGAGUUCAUUGCUGAAGAUAGAAACGGUUUUCAAUUUUUGGCAUGCACGCGCGAAAUACGGACAGGAAGAGAAGAUAUAUACCAGAAUAAUAGUCCAGUGCCUCAACGCAUACAGUGGACCUACUAAGCUAUAAAUGUUUUCACGUUCAUUAGCAGCAGUUUAUUUAUCAUUAACUGAAAGGGGAUGAUAUAAAUUUGGUUAGUAUGAGAUUGGUAAAGCCUGUUUAUAACUAUUUAAAGGGAAUAUUAUAUGCUUAGUUUUUUUUUAAUAACUUUUUAAUAUCAUGUAUUUUAAGAAUGUAAAUCUUUUGAAUUACAAAGCUGCACUAUAAGAAACGUGAAGCGACUACAAAUUUUAUUGUCAAUAUUUCAACUUUUAUUUAGACAUAACAAUUCACAUCGCAUCCGCUUAUAAUUACAGGAUGAAAUUUGUAUUAGUACAUAUUAAUCAAUUGCUUUUUGUAUUAUACUUUAACAUAGCGACAUAUGUUUGUUUUGAAUACACUGCUGCGCACAAACAUUGUAAAACAAUUGAGACAAGUCUUGCAGGAAACGAAUGGCUAAGUUGUGAGAGUACUAAAUUAAGUAUUUGUAAGUUUGCUUUUAUAAAAACAAUUAAACGAUUAGCAUACCUUUGUGUUAUUUUCUGACUUUGGUGAGUUUUUAUUGCUCAAAGACCUCAAACAAGUGUUAAUAUGUUGGAUGUUUUUUUCACCUUCAGCUAGACAAUUUGAGGUUAACGUUAGUCUAUUUUUCAUGUAAAAUUUCUUUGUUUAAAACUUUUUACUCAUUUUGUUUGAGAUAAAGCAGGCGAAGGUGGAACAUGGUGUUACUGUUUUAAGAUACCUUUCUCGUGGUUGUAACAAACCGGUUCUUUCUUUCUGAGCCUUUACUUUUUUGAACGACAUUGUCAUAGAAUGGUUUUUUAAGCAAUUGAAACGAUAACACAUAAUUCUUCAACGGAUGGAUGCAUUAAUAAAUG